UUCGUGUGUAUGUGUGUGUGUGUGUGUUUUCUGCCCAGCUGAAAAUGGCGGCUCGGAGCGUCGAGUCGUUCUAACUUUGUCGCACCAUAACAAACAGAGCAGUAUACACCGCUGUUGGCAUGUUAACAUGGGGAGGAACUUCACUGGGAGGCUUCGGACGCUCUAGCCGGGGGACAUUACUUUGACCGCCGCGGCUGAGAGGAGUUAAAACGCAGAGAGAUCAUGGACGAUCCUCAUACACGGUACAGCAAGCGCCUGCGUACAGGUACGCGGCGCCGCUACCAGGACGAUGGAAUCUCAGAUGAUGAAAUUGAAGGGAAACGAAUGUUUGACCUGGAUGAAAAGUUGCAGUGCGAACGCUUUGGCUCUGAUUUGGUCAAACACAUGGAGGGCAAAGAUUUCACAUUUGAAUACAUCCAGAGGGAAGGUCUCAGGGAACCAAUUAUCUUUAAGACAGCCGAUGGCCUUGGCAUACAAAUGCCAGACCCUGAUUUCAGUGUGAGUGACGUCAAGUUGUUUGUUGGUAGUCGACGCAUCGUAGAUGUGAUGGACGUGAACACCCAGAAGGGAAUCGAGAUGUCGAUGGCCCAGUGGCGACGCUACUAUGAAACGCCACCGUCAGAAAGGGAGAAACUCUACAAUGUCAUCAGUCUGGAGUUCAGCCACACCAGGCUGGAGAAUCUGGUCAAACGUCCGGCUUCGGUUGACCUCAUCGACUGGGUGGACAACAUGUGGCCCCGUCAUCUCAAGGAGAGACAAAGAGACUCCACAAACGCCAUCAUAGACAUGCAUUAUCCCAAAGUACAGAAGUACUGUCUCAUGAGUGUGCAGGGCUGCUUCACAGAUUUCCACAUUGACUUUGGAGGCACUUCAGUCUGGUACCACAUCCUUCGAGGAGGAAAGGUGUUCUGGCUGAUUCCACCCACGCCACAGAACCUGGAGAUGUAUGAAAACUGGGUUUUAUCUGGAAAACAGGGAGACAUCUUCUUGGGGGACAAGUGUCAUGACUGUCAGAGGAUAAAACUCAACCAGGGCAACACCUUCAUAAUCCCAUCCGGGUGGAUCCAUGCUGUGUACACCCCAGAGGACACGUUGGUGUUUGGGGGGAAUUUCCUCCAUAGCUUUAACAUCCCCAUGCAGCUCAACAUCUACAGCAUUGAGGAUCGCACACGGGUGCCAGCAAAGUUUCGCUAUCCUUUCUACUAUGAGAUGUGCUGGUAUGUCCUGGAGAGAUACCUCUACUGCCUGACCAACAUCUCCCACCUCACACCUGAGUUCCAAAAAUACUCCCUCGGUAUAGGACUGACCCGGGCUGAUGUUGAUGUCAAUGAUCAGACUGGGAAUGACACUUCUAAUGGAGUUGACGGUGACACUGAAAUCGUGGAGAUGACGGGCAAGGAAGAGGAAGUAAAAGCAGAAGAAAAAGAAGAAGAAGAAGAAGAAGAAGCAGCUGAAGCUACCACACCUCAGCAUAUGCUGACCCCCUUUGAGCUGGAGGGACUGUGGAACCUCGUGGGGAAGCUGGAGGAGCUGCCAGUCCACAAAAAGUGUGUCCCUGCAGGCAUCAUGAACGCUGCAGCCCUGCUAGAGGACAUGAGGGCUGUUCUGAAGGAGCAUUCCAAUGAUAACACCAAGCUUUCCUACUCUGGAAAGCCCAUUGUCAAGUGGCCCAAAAGGCCAUCAUGGUACCAGCCCCCCACUCCCCCUCCCCCUGUCAUUUACCGUCCUCGCUUGGGCCCGACCCUCCACAAGCCUUUGGGUCAGAGGCCCACCAAACGCUCCUCCAUCUCUGCCCUGAGGCGAAGACGGGUGAGGUGCAAGCGCUGUGCUGGUUGCACCAGGAAGGAGUGUGGCACCUGCCAGUACUGCCACGACAUGAGGAAGUUUGGCGGGCCAGGGCGCAUGAAGAAGGGCUGCUUGAUGAGACAGUGUAUAACGCCUGCAUUGCCAAACACGGCUCGUUGUGCCAUAUGUGGAGAAGGUGAAUCAGAGGAAUCAAAUCCGAGCACUCACGCACUCAUGGAGUGCUCCGUCUGCUCGCAGAUUGCCCAUCGUCAAUGCAUUAAGGAACCCGGUGAGGGAAAGAUCAACAAGGAUUUGCCCAGCUGCUGGGAAUGUCCCAAAUGUUAUCAAGGCAAAGGUUCAGAAUCAGAGUCUUCCAGCGAUGAGGAAAGUGGAGAGUCUGAGGGCUCGUCCUCCUUGCCACCGUCCAAACUUGCAUACCGGGAAGGCAUUGGUGUAGGUGAAGGGGUGGGACCGGGGAAACAUAGCAGACCCCAAUCUCGACCCACGGCACCACCUCCUUCUCAAAAACUGUUACUGCAGCAUCAACAGAAUCGAAAAAGAGCAAGUGCACUGGAGCUCAGACUCAAAAAGAAGAUAAAACUGGAGCGUAGCAAACUUCUAGUGAAACAGUCGUCUCUAGAUCGCUCUCCCAGACUCCUGAAAUCCAGGAUGCUGUCCCGGCUGCGCUCUCCAACCAGCAGACUAUCUCAGGGCAGAGUUCGAGGCUCCACCUGGUCGAGUGGCUCCCUUUACCACCACUCCCAAGGAGGGACUGGUUCCUUCCAGCAGCAGCAGUCUUCCGUCGGUCUGGUACUUGAGCCCAAGGGAGAGCCCCGCAGAGGGAGGGGAAGGGGCGUGAGGCUGCGGGGAGGAGGAGCCGGAAGAGGAAUCGGAGGUGGCAGAGGCCAUGAAGACUUGGAGGAGGAGAGUGAAGACAGCAGCAGCAGCAGCAGCAGCAGCAGCAGCACCAACAGCAGCAGCAGCAGCAGCAGCAGCAGCGACGAGGAAGAGGAGAGAGGGCAGAACAGUGGAAGGGGAGGGGACAAAGAGAACCAGCCACAGUUGAGGAGAGGAGGACGAGCAGCCAAAGAAGGAGAAGAGGAAGGGAGCAAGGUGGCCAACCAGAACUGUGCAGAGGAGGAAGACGAGGAGGAGAUUGAGCAGGACAGUCAGAUGGGGGACAAAGACAGCUCAUAUCUUAAAGUGACUCUCCAAAGGCCAACCAGGGCCAAACAGGACCCAUCAGCCAUUGUCCCCAAAUUAGAGGCUAUCGCCCCUCAAACUGCUACUUCCACAUUACACAACCAGACUAGACCCCUUAUCAGACCCCCAAUUAGAAAUCGCGGCCCCUGUUCUGAUCAACACCCCAGUAGGCACACACCCCCACACACUCGCAGUGGACACACAGAAAGUCGCACCUCCCACCUAGAGAGCCUGGAAGCCUCUAAAAGGCCGAGGCCAAGCAGGCCAGCUAAACUGAGCAACGGCGCUUCCUGUUCUUCAUCCUCCGAGCUGAGCCACCUCCGCAUCCCUCUGUCCGCCCUGCAGGAAGGAGGGAGCGAAGCAGAGAGGGAGAGCGGUCUAAGCGGGCGGGGUUGUGAGAGGGAGGUGUGGGUCUCUGUCUUCCGCUACGUAAGUCGAGCAGAUCUCUGCGUCUGCAUGGCCGUCUGCAAGAACUGGUACAAAUGGUGUUUAGACAAGCGACUCUGGGCGAGGAUUGACCUGAGCGUCAAACGCACCAUUACCCCUCAGGCCCUAACUGGCAUCAUAAAGAGGCAGCCGGUGACACUCGAUCUCUCUUGGACCAACAUCUCGAAAAAGCAGCUCAACUGGCUUGUUGGCCGCCUGCCUGGGCUGAAGGAUCUGAUGGUGGCAGGUUGUUCCUGGUCAUCUAUUUCAGCUCUCUGCUCCUCUGGUUGCCCUCUCCUCCGAUCUCUGGACCUGCGGUAUGCAGACGGGGUCAAAGAUUCUCAGAUCAGGGACCUCGUCAUCCCUCCAGGCUGUGACAAUCGCAGUCAGUUGCGGACCAUGCAGUGUUUGCGACUAGCAGGCCUGGACAUCACUGACUCCACUCUGCGCCUGGUGAUCCGCCACAUGCCCCAUUUAACAAAGCUGGACCUCUCCCACUGCAACAGCCUCACUGACCACUCGAUCAACCUGCUGACGGCAGUGGGCUCAUCCACCCGAAACACACUGACAGAACUCAACCUGGGCGGCUGCAGUAAACUGACGGACACGUGUCUACGGUAUCUCCGACGCCUCUCCUGCAUCUCACUGCUCGACCUGCGAGGGUGUAAAGGCGUCUCCCGCAAGGCCUGCGAGGCCUUCAUCUCCGAGCUGUCAGUAAACACGCUCUACUGCCUAUCAGAUGAAAAACUGAUCCAGAGGAUAUCCUAAGCACCUGCCUCCUCUCUGAAGAGGUGAUUUGAGGUGCGAAAAGCAGGGGAAGGGGAUCCUGAUGUGAAUCUGUGUGACACAGGACACAGUCAGGCAGGGAAGACCACAUGCGCCUGUGUCUCAUCAGAGGAGGCGUGGAGUCUAAACUGGGAGGGCGUACUCACUUAGCAGGUGUUGGUAAAAGGGGGUUGUCACGGCUGUAACAGUGUUUCUUUCUACACACUUUGUCCUGUGUACCUAAAAGAGACUCAGGAGGUUUUUUUAUGCUUUUGUUCAUUUGGGAAUAAAAUGUUCUGUGGGAAAAGCAUGUCUUUUGUUGCCAGGAGUGGGAGAACAGGCAAUUAAUUAGCUGUAUUAGACUACACAAACUGCUCUUUCCUUUUUUUGGACAGAUGCCAAUCUUGACUCCCAUCAUAAACUCCUGCCUUGAGAAAGAAACUUUUGAGUUUCAUCCUUUUUUGGGGGUAUGACUGCAUCGUUCCUUUUGGCUGAUCCCUAUCAAGUCUUAUUUAUCAUAUGACGCGUAAACUUCUUUGAUUUCAGCUACAUUUUGGUGCUCCAAAUAGAUGGUUAUAUUUUUGUCAGAUUCAAGAGAGCACAUGUGAAGUUGUUCACGUUGGCGACAUGGUUUGUGGACAACGAGUUUUUUUUUAUAUAUAUAUAUAUGUCUAAGGGUUUUUCACAUCUAGACUUCUACAAGUGAGUUACUGGAAUGGCCUGUUUUACCAGCUGUAUGUUGGGCUUCUGGAGGUGUUUGGGUGCCACAAUAGUUCAGUGGUGUACUUUAUAAGUAUACAUAGACAAGAGGGUAAAUAGGCUGAGAGGGCUGUCGCCUUGGCAACAAGACGUCACCCCAACAGGGCAAGAUGCAUCAAGUGUACGGGGCAAGCCAAGGAUUUAUGUCGGAUAAAUGGUGCAUUUUCAAACAACCAUUUGAAUUCAGGUGCUAUUAUUUCCAAACUACUCUUGCUUUGUUUUUGUACAGAGACAAUAUUUAGAGCAAAAAUGUUAAUAUUCUAGAUGAAACUGCUCCCCACCCCUCUUUGAUACACUUUUUUUUCAUAUCUACUUUUCACUGAUUUCAUGACCUUGUCUAUUUCAAUACAGUGAUGUUUUGUUGUGGGUGGUUGGGGAGUUUGCUCAUUUCUUUAUUCCCUUCAAUUCUAGUGCUUCAGUAUCAAAAGGUCUCUCCUCCCAGACUGCUCUCCUUUCCUUGUCCCUUAAAUGAAUAUAAGUAUAUAAAUAUAUACUUUUGUGUAAAUGUGUUUUCCUCUUUUUAGAUUACCAAAACGGGAAUCUUGUAGCAAUGUAAUUAUUUUCAGAAGCAGUUUCCACUUUACGUUGUUCGUGUUAUUUUUCAAGAAAAAUAAAAAAAAAAGAUAAA